AUGCAGCACACACCCAAAAUGACGACACCGCCUGUAAAGCCCAAGCGCGAGCCGCAAGAGGCCCGGCUAAAACGGCCCAAAGAGGAGCAGCAGGCGCAUAUCAUCGUCUCACAACUCAGUCCCAAUCCCGGGGACGUUGGCGGUACGAUGUCCACCCUCACUUUCCAUGGCCCGCCGCCCUCGCCGAAACCCAAGACACGGAACAGCGCUGAACGACGGGCGUCGCACAAUGCCGUUGAGCGACAGAGGCGGGAGGCGCUCAAUGCGCGGUUCCUGGACUUGGCAGGGAUGCUCCCUUCACUUGCGACGAUCCGCCGCCCCUCAAAAUCGAGCAUCGUCAAUACUUCUAUUGCCCAUGUUAAUGCCUCAAAUCGCCACCGUCUACUCGCCAGUCAGCAGCUACGGGGGCUCACGGAGGAGUGUGAGUCGUUGCGGCGAGAGGUCAACGAAUGGCGGGAGCGCGCUGGUGGAAUAGCGCCGAUUGCGAAACCCAUCCGGGGCGAGAAUUUCGAGCUGCUACUCUCUGGCGCGGAGCCCGAGAUGGACGACCUGUUUUGGCAGGAUGUGGAGGGCGGUGUUGGGGCGAUUGACGAGGAAGGCGAGCAUGACUCGCCAGAGGACAUGGAGCAGCAGCAACGGCGACAAUUUGCGUAUACGGCGCCAGAUCCAUACCACCACCAAAAUCACUAUCCGCCGCGCUCUGCCCCGCCCCUGGACCAUCCUCCAAUCGAAAGCGGCGACGGAGCCACCCCCGGCCUUCCGCCGCCCAUCUCCAUUCCGAUGAACUUGCCGCUUGUUCCUCCCCCGCCAGAGAUGGUUUACCACGAGCGGCGCAUGUCGCUGCCCGUGCCGAUGUCGAUGCCUAUGGCGGCCCCGGUUGUACCCAGUCACGGUCAUCACCACGGCCACGGAAUGUACCGCGAGGACCCACGGUGGGUAUAUGCCAACCUUCCUGCCCAGCACACCCACCAGGGCCACGGUCAGCGACGACAUGACUACGACUACGCCGCCCCAUCGCCGUCCUACGAAUAUGCGCCUGAUUACGACCGCCAUCAUCACCCGCCUCACGUCGAAGGGCACCCCUCUCGCCGCCCCCCGCCAUUGCUGCUCCCCUCACGGGACACGAGCGAGGACAGCCCGCAAACGCCGACCCCCACCUCGUCCGCGGCCAGCGGAAAUCACCGCCCUAGCUCACGGUCGGGCUGA